AUGUCGUCCUUUUACGACGUAAUCCUUCGGUGCAACAAGUUCAACGAAAAUGCCGGAGGCCUUUGGGAAUUCUGGCUGCUCGACAACGAGGGCCCUGUGGGCUACAUGCCGCCGGAGUUGGUGACCCGAAUACGCUGGGGCGGGUCCGGAUUUCAGGUCGCCAGGUCGGAACGCAGAGUCUACUUGACUCCGAUCGUGGCCCCGGACGACAACAUUAUAGAUGCCUGCCGGUACCAUUUUGUCAGGUUAUGCGAGCGGAAUGUUGGUGUCAUCGAGGGCAUGGCGAGCUGGCUCGAGAGAAAAGUCGACUACCACCCGAUUCGCGGACUGGACAGGCACUUGGCCGGCUUGGCAGUGCCAUCGCCGUUAAGGGGGGUACUCGGAAUCGUCACGACCGGGGUCCAUCUAAAUGUCUACACGGUGAAGAGGGUGGACGGGCGACCCAGUAUGCAUGUUUGGGUUUCGAAGCGGUCGCAGAACGUGACUUAUGCCGGAAAGUUGGAUCAGAUCGUCGCCGGCGCCAUGGACCAGACGGACGAUAUGGAUCCGCUCAGGACGCUGAAGCGAGAGGCCAUGGAAGAGGCUCGGCUUACCGUCGACAUUAGCUCCCUCGGGGUCUCUACCAAUGGCGUAUUGGUAGGUGUGUUGGCCAAGGGCCGAGACAUAUCCUUUUACGAUCAGAAAGACACGACAGCCGGGUCGGAGGAGGGGCAGCUUGAACCUGGAGUCCGGUUCACCUUCGACUUGGAGGUCGACGAGAGAUUUGUUCCCCAACCCGGUGAACCUCAUGCGAUUGCCGGUUUCUUUCUCAAGCCUGUUGACGACAUCAAGCGGGACCUGAAGGAAGCUAAAUGGAAGCCCAACUGUGGGCUCGUCAUGCUGGACUUUUUAUUGCGCCAGCAGCAAAUAAACCCGGGUGAAGAUGAGAAUUAUAUGCUCUUGUGGAGGGGCUUGCAAAGAAGGCUACCAUUCCGCAGCGUCUAG